UCCGAUAAAAUAGUCAACUCACCUCUUUAAAAACCUCCCUAUUGUUAACGGUGUUCUUGUGAAAAUGAUAAAAUUGAAUAGUGCUCCCUUUGUCCUCAUUCUUGGUAUAAACUGCACUCUUUGACUCGACAAAGUUUAAGAGGCGUGUUAAGUGAAAUGGGUAUGGUUGAAAUUUAUUUAGAUGAGAGAAAGAUUGUGAGCCAUAUAUUCCAUUUCUUAUACGGAAAUGAGAGAACUGUGGAGUUUUUUUGUAACAGCCAACAAAGAAAGUGUGAAGUUUAUUUCAGGAGUAGAAGGGUAAACGUGGGAAAAAUAUCUUAAGUGCUUUGAAGUUAGAAUUCACUAAAGAAAAAAUUCUAAAAGGCCUUGAAAAUUGCUCAAUCUACACUCCUGAAAAGGAAAAGAGAGUGUGAGGGUUUUUGCUAACGAUAAAUAGUGAAAAUAACAAGGAUUUGAACAAAAGUGCUUUGGUGGGUAAAGAAGUGAAAAAAGUACGGAGUAAUUUUUAAUAAAAGUAAUGAAUUUGACACAUGAGUAGCGGGGAAUUUCCCUUCCUUUCUAGUUGUGCCACAGGUCCACAAGACCCAACGACAAAAGAAAGGAACUGUGUGAACUUCUCUUCCUUUCUCACCAUCUGUGCAUGGAAAUUCUGUGCCGCGGGACCCACGUGAAAGGCAUUGUUCCUUUUUAUUGCAUUGGAUACAUUUGUAUACAGAUUUGUAUAGUUGAAGCUCUCAUACUCUGUUUACAGAUGAAGAGCCAGAGAAUGUUCUUCGAUGUGAUAGUAAUACAAAGACAUUACCUAUUCCAAGGAGAUUGCUGAUCGGGAAUGAUGAAUAUGUGCGCCUUGGCAAUGGUAAUAAGCUGGUCAGAAAUCCAAAAAGAAGAGUCCGCAUCUUUGCAAAUCAGAAAGUCCGAUGGAGUUUGCACGCUGCUAGGUUGCGGUUGGCUAAGAAGAGCAAGUAUUGCCAGUUUUUCACAAGGUUUGGCAAGUGUAACAAGGAUAAUGGAAAGUGUCCUUACAUCCACGACCCCUCAAAAAUUGCAGUGUGCACCAAGUUUUUGAGUGGUUCAUGCUGCAAUCCUGAUUGCAAAUUGACCCAUAAGGUCAUUCCUGAGAGAAUGCAAGAUUGCUCUUAUUUUCUUCAAGGAUUAUGCUCUAAUGAAAAUUGUCCUUAUAGACAUGUAAAUGUGAAUCCAAAGUCACCUGUUUGUGAUGGUUUUCUCAAGGGUUACUGUUCUGACGGAAAUGAGUGCCAGAAGAAACACAGUUAUGUAUGCCCUAGUUUUGAAGCAACGGGAGAUUGCCCCCAAGGUUCCAAUUGCAAGCUUCACCAUCCAAAGAGCAAAAGCAAGGGAGUAAAACGGGGAGGAGCUUCUUCUAAUGAAAGGAAGAACGAUUGGGGUCGGUAUUUUGGGUCUCCCCAAAUCGACCUCAGUGAGUGCAUAAGGGCCACCACAUCUGGGAUGUGUUCCGUGGAGGACAAUGAAGGAAGCUCUUUUUUCAAAGAAGGGAGGUCAGUUGAGUACAUUAGCUUAGGUGAUGCUAGUAAUGUCGAAGAAGACGAACAGGUCAUGAUGAUGAUUGAUCAGAGUAGUGAGGAAACAUUUGAGGAGGGUGGCCCUUUACCUUUUCUGCAAUUUUCUGACUCAGAUGAGCUCAUCAAACCCAUUCGACUGCUCAAUCGAGGGAGGAACAGAACCGAAGAUUUGUCCAUUGACAGCCCAAGUGAAAUGAUGAGCACAAGUCAUGUUUCAGAAGAGUCUCAUUGUUGCAAGUGAAUGAUUCUUUAGUUUGUUAGCAGUGUUUUA